GCGAAGAGGAGGAGGAUGCCGGGGAGGGGCAACUACAAGUCCCAUGAGGCCGGUGGGUGCGGGGCGGGGGGGGGGCCUCGGGGGCAGCCCGGUGCGGGAGGUGCCGUGCCCGCCCCGCUCCGCCCCGCGCCGCGCCCGCCGCUCCAGCAUGCACGGAGGAUGCUCGCGUCUUGCUCGGGCAGGAAGGGGCCGGAGGGCAGGUACCCGCUCCACUACCUCGUUUGGCACAACCGAGCCCGCGACCUGGACCGGGAGCUCAGCACCAAGCAGGCCGACAUUGAGCAGCUGGACCCCCGAGGACGCACCCCGCUGCACCUGGCCACCACGCUGGGCCACCUGGAGUGCGCCAGGGUGCUGCUGAAGCAUGGCGCCGACGUGGGCAAGGAGAACCGCAGCGGCUGGACAGUCCUGCAGGAGGCUGUGAGCACCCGUGACCUGGAGCUGGUGCAGCUGGUCCUGCGCUACCGCGACUACCAGAGAGCCAUCAAGCGCCUGGCUGGGAUCCCCAUCCUGCUGGAGAAGCUGCGCAAGGCCCAGGACUUCUAUGUGGAGAUGAAGUGGGAGUUCACCAGCUGGGUGCCGCUGGUGUCCAAGAUCUGCCCCAGUGACACCUACAAGGUGUGGAAGAGUGGCCAGAACCUGCGGGUGGACACCACGCUGCUGGGCUUCGACCAUAUGACCUGGCAGCGAGGCAACCGCAGCUUCGUCUUUCGAGGACAAGACACCAGCGCGGUGGUGAUGGAGAUUGACCACGACCGGCGAGUGGUCUACUCGGAGACGUUGGCCCUGGCUGGCCAUGACCAGGAGGUGCUGCUGGCUGCUGUGCAGCCCACCGAGGAGCAGGUGAUGGGGCGGCUGACGGCCCCCGUCGUCACCACCCAGCUCGAUACCAAGAACAUCGCCUUUGAGAGGAACAAAUCUGGGAUCCUGGGCUGGAGGAGCGAGAAGACAGAAAUGGUGAAUGGAUACGAGGCCAAGGUCUACGGCGCGUCCAAUGUGGAGCUGAUCACGCGGACGCGGACGGAACACCUCUCAGACCAGCACAAGGGCAAGAGCAAAGGCAGCAAGACCCCCCUGCAGUCCUUCCUGGGCAUCGCUGAGCAACACGUGGGGCCCAACAACGGGACACUGAUCACACAAACGCUGAGCCACGCCAACCCCACCGCCAUCACCCCUGAGGAGUACUUCAACCCCAACUUCGAGCUGGGCAACCGGGACAUGGGGCGGCCCAUGGAGCUCACCACCAAGACGCAGAAGUUCAAGGCGAAGCUGUGGCUGUGCGAGGACCACCCGCUGUCCCUCUGUGAGCAGGUUGCCCCCAUCAUUGACCUCAUGGCAAUAAGCAACGCUCUCUUCGCCAAACUGCGGGACUUCAUCACCCUGCGCCUCCCGCCCGGCUUCCCCGUCAAGAUUGGUACGGGGAGGGGGGGUCUUUGUCUCCGAUGUGGGUGGCGCAGCCAGCUUCCCUCCCUGCUUUUUUUUUUUCCCCCCCCUUUCUUUCCCGCAGAAAUCCCCAUCUUCCACAUCCUCAACGCCCGCAUCACCUUCGGGAACCUCAAUGGGUGCGACGAGCCCGUGAGCUCCCUGCGGCACAGCCCCAGCAGCGAGGCGCCCUCACCCAGCAGCGACUCCUCCAGCGUCAGCAGCUCCAGCUCCCUGACCUCGUGCCGGGUGUGCGAGAUGGACCCGGCGUUGUUCGAAGUGCCGCGAGGGUACAGCGUGGUGGGCACCCACCAGGACACGCUGCGGGAGGAUGAGGAUGAUCUGCUGCAGUUUGCCAUCCAGCAGAGCCUGCUGGAAGCAGGCAGCGAGUACGACCAGGUGACCAUUUGGGAAGCGUUGACCAACAGCAAACCGGGCACACACCCCAUGUCGCAUGAGAGCCGCCGAGGCGACAGGUUGGACUCCCCAGCACACGGUGUCCCCCCGUCCCGCUGUCCCCCCAGCCCCGGGAGGGGGUGGCGGGGGGCCCAGCGCCCUGUUCCCCAGCUACGCCGAGCAGCUGCGGUUGGCGAUGGCGUUGUCGGCGCGGGAGCAAGAGGAGGCCGAGCGCCGGACGCGCCAGGAGGAAGAGGAGCUGCAGCGGAUCCUGCAGCUCUCGCUGACGGAGAAGUGACCCCACGCCUCUGCUGAGCCCCCCCACCCCAACAGGGAUGGGAACACGGAUGGGGACACGGAGGGGAGCGGGGUGGGGGGGAUCCAGCCCGAGCACUGUGGAGGGCAAAGGGGGACGGGGGGCAGUGCAGGAUUUGGCCCUGGCGUGGGGGAGAUCGUCCCCAUAGCCGGGGUGGUACCGAGUUGUGGGGGGUGGGAGGCACCCCCCAGCAGGACAGAGGGGGAGUGGGGGACAGCGCUGCAGCGGGGGCGGCCGGGACCAGAGAGGGGGUAACCCCACAGACUGUACCCCACCCCCAGGACAGUCCUAGCCCCUCGAUGGGGUGCUGCUCGGCCCCUCGCCCCAGGAAGGUGGUGGGGGCCACAUUUUGCCCCAGAUGGGGGGGGGCUGCCAGCCAUGUGGGGUCCCGGGGUGCCCCCGGAGCUGCCCCCAGCCCCCUCGGCCCCCCUGCCCAGGCGCUACCAAGUGCACUUACCCGGGAGCUGCUCUGCCUGCCAACACAGGGGGGGCAGAGGGGGGGCUCAGCCCCAUUGCACCGCACGGUCAGUGUGGGGCUGCACAGCUGCCCCCCCCCCAUGGCACGGGGGUCCGCUGGGCCAGCGGAGGGGUUGUCCGUGAAAGGCUGCCCAGUGUCAUUCCCCCCCACCUCCAACACCCUGCUCGCACUGCCCUCACCCUGCUCGGAUGCCCCCCCCCCUCUUUG